AUGACGGUUCACAGUGCCAUUUCAACAUUCCUUGAUCAGAGUCCCGAGGCUAUUGCGGCCUCUACACUUUCAUGCCUAUCCUCCAGUUUCUUAGAGCCAGGUGUGGCUCAGACACUCAUUGAAAAACAACAGGCAAUGUGUAAAGAGGUAUUAUCUCGACUUGUAACUAUUGCAAAUGAUGACAGUAAAAAUACAAAUACACGAAUUAUGGCUUUGGAGUCUUUAUAUAAUCUGUCACAUGUCUCUAAUAGUAAAUUUCGCUCCGAAGAUUUAUUUGACGCCGUAAAUAAAUUAAAUGAAUCCUUUGAAAAGUUUUUAGAAGAUCAGGGAACAGGAACUGUGGAUCGUCAACAUGAGAUGUUAACCAUACUACUCUUUCGUUGUACGGGCUAUACACGAUUAAAGGCAGGUGAUCUUCUUCAACAACUCUACGCUGGAGAUGAUACUCGACUGGUGGCUACUUUACAAUCUAUUAUUAAAAACAGAUCAUUGGAGUGGGAAAUUAUUCAUGCUUGUAUGCGUUGUAUGUAUGAAUUAACAACACCUGGUACAUACUUUACCGCCCCAGAGGAACAUCAAGCUAUUGAAACAACAAAGAUAACAGCCUUUCAGGAACGCAUCACCGCAUUGCUUAUUCACCUCACUCAACAGAAUGCAUUGCAGGGACUCUUUGCGGAAUUAAAUGAACGUUGGGUUACUGCUGUUCGUGAGAAUCAACUUUCUGCCGUUAUUGAUGGUCAAACACCUUUAUCAGAUACAAUACGGGAUGGUGUGGCCACACACUUCACUGUAGUCUUUCGUUACAUGGCAGUGAUGUUAUUAAAUGUCGCUGACUUCUGUGAGCGAAUGGAUCUUGUACGUGGAUAUCAACAAUCCUUUCUUGCCCAAUAUCAAUCCUUUAUGGGCACUACACUUACACCCUUUAUUCGUCUCGCGCUACGUUGUUGGGAAAAAACACGGAAUCCAUCAUGUGAGUCGCAGAAUAAUCCAUUUAUGAAUGUUGCGAUUGCGGUGAUGCGGUUACUGCGAUUUGCCACUUAUCGCCCAUCUCAACCCGUGCAAGAUACCUUUGCCUCAUCGUUAGCAUCCCUUAUUGUACAAGUGCAGGGAAUAGAACGAUUAUUAUGUGGAGAAUAUGUGGGAAUGUUGGUUCUUGUAUUAGCCGUAGAGGUAUUGUGUAAUGUAAAUGCGGUGAAGAUCCAUCAAUUGGUGGAGGUGUUUAAUACUCUCAUCUCAACAUUGGCUACGGAUAAGAAUCCAUUACGUCCAGGUGCACAUUUCACCGCCUCUCAGGCCUUUAUGUACUGUUUAUCUAAUGAAACCUCCACCUACUGCGUUACCGAGAAUGAAUCUGUGGAGGUUUUACAAAAGAAAUUACAAGAAGAAGAUCCGGAAGGUGUAAAUGAGUCUGCAAUGGCAAUACAGGCAUUGGAGGAACAACUCGGCAUGCUGCAAUCCCUCAUGAUGGAAUUGGCUAUUGGACAAUUACUUGGGGAUUUGUGUGUAUUGAUGCCAUUUGCUUUAGCCGCAGAGGGAGGAAGAGGCGAUGGAAAUAUACCUCCACACACUAGAUCUUCCACAGGUGCGACCAUAACUGGAGGAACAAUGGAUCCAAAGUCAAGGAAACAACAGGAAAAGAAAAAGAAAACAAAACAUCCACAAGAGUAUGUUUGUAUGUUAACAAAGAAAUUAAUGCGAGAACCGGUAGUACUACAGAAUGGUCAUCGUUUUGAAUUGGAUGCCCUACAGGAAGUUGUGGAUCGUGUGGGUCAUGUUGAUCCACUCACUGGUGAGGCAUUUAAUGAUGAGAUUCAGGUGGAUAUGAAUCUACAGCAGGAGAUUGCACGGUAUCGGGUAGAAAUGGCGGCUCGCCGAGAUGCAGAAGCGUAG